UUAGAGAUGCUCAACCUAAAAUGUCUCGAAACUCCGAAAAAAUAAACAUCAUAAAUCAGAGCACUUACCAGCAAAUAAACAAAAAGGAUGAUGAGGAUCUACCGACCACGAGCACUCCGCGAAGCUCCAAGUACAAAAACAAGCACCGGAAACCGGAGCAGCAAGCCUCGCUCCUGGACUUCGUCGUCAAGCCUCGGCCCUCACAGAGGCAAAUCAAGGCCAGAAAAAUCAGGAAACCACAUUUAACCAUAACAAGGAGUAGCCAUAUAUUAUCCAAACCUAAGGGUAAGACGCGUCUUGAUCCCAAGACUAAGGUUUCAAAGUUAAAGAAAUCCGUGCGUUGCUAUCGCACUUUAAAGAGGACGAAAAGGGAAGUCGCUGAAGGGGAAGCUGAAGAAGUCGUGGGGAAUUGUCCAGCGAUCCAUGAAGAAUUAAAUUCUGUGGAACAACAUGUCCAGGAGCUAUCUCUGAAUGAGCCUAUUUCCGAAGUCGAUACACAACCAAAGGAUAUAAAUUCCAUACAUUCCCGACGUUUCAGAAGCUAUUGUGAUAAUUGCACCCGCCCGCGCCUCAAGGAGUUGAGUAUCCAGCUGCUCAAGGAUCUGGAUCGCUUCCAAAAACGCGCAUUUGCCAAAAACGAGAUCAAAGCGCGUGCACAUGCCCGUUUGGUUGUGGGUUUUCGGGAGGCUCUGGCCAGGUUAAGGAUAAACAAGGUGAAACUUCUGCUUUUGGCCACCGAUUGUGAGAUCUGUCCGGGAGAAAGUGGUUUGGAUGAGACCAUAGAGGGCUUGAAAUUUCAGUGCCAGCAGCAAAAGGUGCCCUACUGCUUCCCCCUAGUUAGAAGGGAAUUAUCAUAUGCCCUGCACAAGCGGGCACAGAUCUCCUGCGUGGCCAUCCUAGACUUUGAUGGAACUAAUGCCAUAUACGCUGAUCUUCUCAACGAAAUAGAGGAUGCUCGUGCCGAAUAUAUGCGCCGUGUUGCUUCGUGAGAGUUUAUUUAGUGCCAAAGACAGAAAUAAAAGUGCGAGGAGGUGCUCUAAAUAUUAAAAAAAAACAUUAGCACAAAA